UCCACCAUGUAUCAUUUCGAGAGCGAAACACGCAAGAAAUUUUACGAAUCCUUCGAACAAACUGAAGAAACAGUAACACAACAAAUAAAAACCAUCAAAACAUGGCUAGAAGCACAAACCCAUCUUCCCGAAAUCAUGGACGAUGCCAAAAUCCGAAACAUGUUGCAUUUGUGUAAAUUCGACGUGGAGAAAACGAAACAGAGAAUUGAUAAAUAUUACACCCUCAGGACCAAGUACCCGAUUGCUUUUAAUAAUAGCAACCUGAAAUUGCAAGCUUUAAAGGAAACUAUGGAUGCAGUAUAUAUUUGCAACCACCCGCAGCUUCUGGAUGGUGGCCAUAGGGUUGUGUUUGUAAAUCCUAAGAAUAAAAACACGUUUUGUGCACUCAAUUCAAUAAAAUUAUGUGUAUGUAUCUACGAGAUCAGACUGCAAGAGGAUUUGAUGAUUGAUGAUAUCGUUAUUGUUGAUAUGGCCAACAUUACUUUCAGAGAUAUGUGUACCUUAUCGCCCAGAAUGGUGCUGGCGGCUGUCAAAAUCUACAAGGAUAUUUUUUCGAUGAGGCUAAACGCGGCGUAUUUUAUUAACAGUCCUUCUUACGUUUCGAUUUGGAUGGCAAUUUUUAAAUUAUUUGUCUCGGCAAAAAUUUUUGGCAGAUUGCAAGUUCAUAGGGACUGUGAAGUUUUAAAAGACCUAUUUUCUAACAAUGACCUACCAAAGGAUUAUGGUGGAAGCGGACCAUCGUUGGAUCAACUUAACGAUAUGAUGAAGCAAAAAUUCAUCGAGUAUCAGGAGAGGUUCGAUCUUUUGGAUACACUAAAGGUUGAUGAAAGUUUAAGAGCGUAAGAAUAACACAAACCGAUUAUUCUUUUUUUUGUUAUUGGUAGAAUAAAUAUAUACAGUUUUG